AUGGCUAUCAACAAGAUCUUCCUCACAGGCGGCACGGGCACCAUCGGCACCGAGGUCGCGCGCGACCUAGUGGCGCACGGGUACGCCGUGCGCGGGCUUGCGCGCUCCGACGCUAGUGCCGCCAAGCUGCAGGCGCUCGGCGUCACCCCAGUGCGGGGCGACCUGACAACCCUCGACGUCGCCCGCGCGGAAGCCGCCGCUGCCGACGCGGUCGUGCACCUCGCCAUCGACUUUGCUAGAGUCAUCGACUCGGGCAGCGAAGAGCAGGCCUUCGUCGAGGCCGUCGGCGACGUUCUCAAGGGCACGGGCAAGACAUUCAUCGGCACGUCGGGGACGUAUAUCGGCGUCGGGACGGGCAAGACGCCCUUCACCGAGGCGGACGACGGGCGGCCCGGCGCGUUUCGGUACAAGUUUGAGUCGACCUUCCGCUCGCUCGGUGACGACGGCGGCGUCCGCGCAAUCGUCAUCCGCCCGUCCUUGACGCACAGCGACAAGAUCGACGGGUUCCCGCGCACCGUGAUCGCCAAGCCCCGCGAGCUCGGCUUUGCGCCGGUGCUCGACGGCGGAGAGGAGAAGUGGACGUACAACGACCUGCACGACGUCGCUGUGCUCUUUAGGCUGGCCUUGGAGAAGGCGCCAGCUGGCUUUAGCAGGUAUCACGGCACGGACGAGUCGACGUCCAACCGCCAGAUCGCGGAGAUCGUCGCCGCGCACUGGGGCGUACCCGUGCGCGAGGCGACGCGGGAGGAGCUCACCGAGGCCUACGGCUUCUUCGCUACAUUCUUCGGCAAGGAUAACACUGUCAGCAGCGUGGCUACCCGCGAGCAGUUGGGAUGGGAGCCAAAGGGGGCGCGGUUUAUCGACCUCCUCAAGGACGGCACGUAUUUCAAGCAGCUUUAG